ACCUAUACCAAAGGUUUAGAAGACCUAUGUCCUAUCCAUUAGACAAUGGACGUCAUUGGGUUCCAAAUUUUUGACGAUCUCAUCUCUUGGUCAUAACAAGCUAAUAGGCUAAAUUGCAAGUUUGAUCACUUGAAUUACUAGUAAAAUUCAUGUUAGCCACUAGAAUUACUUUAUUCCAUCAUUAGUCACUUAAAUUAGGUUAACAGUUCACGUUUGGUCACUGGUCGUUAGUCUCCGUUAACUUUUGCUGAUGUGGCGGUCAACUCUUAUAGUUGACCGUUAAAUGAGUGACGUGGCAAUAAAAAAAUAUAAUUUUUAAUAAUUGCCACCUCAUUGUUACCAUAAAUUAAAAAACGUAGGCAAAGUUAAACUCUCGAAUGCGUUGGGAAAAACGUGGAUGAAUCCCGUGGAAAGGAUAACUCCGACGGAGAAGGCUUUCACCAGGAAGAACACGUUCUUGUUCGGGUGCAAGCUAGACCAUAAUCUUUUUCUGGGCGAGUACGGGGAGGCACACUCCGAUUGCUCCCGCCAGUAUAAUCGACGCGAUUGCUACCAGCUUGUACUUGAGGGCCGUCGCACGGUCGCGGUCCGAAUCGUCAGUCUCGCACUCUCAAGACUACUGCCGGCGAUAGUAGAAGAAGAAGGAGAGAGGAGAACGAGCCAUUCCGUUGAUUAGGGGUGGCUAUACGGUCCGGUUCGGAUAAAUUGGAGCAAAUUGAUCUGGUCCCAGUUCGGUCUUUUCGGGAAUAUAAGGACCCAAGAUUGGAUUGGAUACAGUCCAAUCUUGAUUCGGUCCGGUACCAAUUUGAUCUUUAUUUUAGGUGUUGGGGUCUCUUAUCCGGUCUUUAUCUGGGUUUUUUUACCUCAAAUCUAAGCCCGAAUAUGAGAUUGAAUUGUUUGCUAUCCGGUCCCAAUCCGAUUCCGGUCCGGGUUAUACGGUCCAGUUUCGGGUAAAACCAAACAGUCCGGACCAAAUAGCCAGCCCUACCGUUGAUCCAUUUGCGGAGACGGGACGAAGCGUGUGGAGUGGGGAAAUUUUAGGCUUUUUAGCUUGUGGGUUCUGCUUAGUGAUCUGGUUUGAGUUAUAUAUAUAGUGAUGGGUAUUUCUUUCUGAGGAGAAAUCUGUUUAUGUUAGUCCCAAUCAUAUCCCGUCGAGCACCUCCUGAAUCCCGACUAUCCGCCUGCUCGCCUUCCUCCUCGCCUCCCUCACUGUCGGAUUGAUAUUCCCCGGGACGGCGUCCAGACUCAGAAGCAGCCGCACCAGCUCCACCGCUCGAUCUACCCUGCCUCGGCCUCCACGGUGGAGUGGAUGGGAAUUUGCUUAGAUCUAACUCAUUUUUUUUAAUUAUUGUGAAAUUAUUAAAAAAUAUAUUUUUUUGUUUUAAUUUAUUUUAAUAAUGAGGUGGAAAUUAUUAAAAAUUAUUAAUUUUUAAUUGCCACGUCACUCAUUUAACGGUCAACUAUAAGAGUUGACCGCCACAUCAGCAAAAAUUAACGGAGAUAAACGAUCAGUGACCAAACUUGGACUGUUAACCUAAUUUAAGUGACUACAGAUGGAAUAAAAUAAUUAUAGUGGCUAACGUGAAUUUUACUACUAAUUCAAGUGACCAAACUUGCAAUUUAGCCAAAACUAAUAUAUCCAAAGUGAUAUCUCUUUCCCCUUCAAGUUUACCUACUAAACCUUUGGGUUAGUGGAUCAUUUUCAAUCAUUCAUUGAAUGAUAAAUUACUACAAGCGACUGAAAUACGCGAUUUAAAUAACGAAAAAUACAACAUUUAAAAAUUGUAUCUAUAAAGAUGGGAAAUGUGGAAACAAGUUGAAGUUCCUAUAUAAUUUGAUGCGUUAUGACCAAACUCAAAAUAUUUGUAGUUUGAUGCGUUAUGACCAAACUCAAAAUAUUUGUAGACAGUGUGUAGCUUAAGUUAUAUACUUAUAUAGGAAUUCUUGGGUGACACAAUAAUUUAAAACCGGCCCGAGAACUUGAUUUUAACCAACCGGCCAUUUGGGUUGGACAGUUGGUGGCUAUUGGCUAAUGACCCGGAUUGAACCUCCGAAUGACCAGGGUUAUUUUCCAAGUCCAGCCAAAUUCUAAAAUCGUCAAACGGACGCCAUGGUUAGGGGUCUACAUGGGUCGGGUGGUCCGGGUUUAGGCAUUUUAAUCACCCGACCCAUGCACUACGGUUUGGGAAAUAUUAAACCCAAACCCACCCAAAAAAAUCUAAACCCUACGGUUUGUUUCUAAUUGGGUUGGGUCGGGUUGGCGAUAUUUUUAAGUAAAAACCCAACCCAACACAAAAUAUGUAAUUAUUUUACAUCAUAAAAAUAUUUUAUAAAAAAAUAAAAAUUCAAACGAAUAAACCGAGAUGAAAGGUAUCAAAAUUCACAAAUAUUGUUUGAAUUUUAAUAAAACUUGAUUUACUUCAACUUAUGUCUAGUUUUUUUCAUGCCAUUUGUUGAAAUAGGCUAAAAAGGUUACAAAUGAACGCAUCCAUAAUAUGAUAUUCUUUUAAAAUUGUACACAAGAAAAAAAAAUACGUGAAUCAUAGCUAUAUUAAAUAUAUGUCUAAACUUUAA